CGCAGACGCGUUAUGGACAGUCAGAUAGCGCACUAGGAGGAAAUUCACCCACUGCUGUUGAGACCAGCACAUUUUCUUUGGGAUAUACCGAUCGUAGAGCCUUUCGGCGAGCUUUUUUUUCCCGACGGGGCGAACAUGGCGACGCUGGGACCGGAGCCCCGUCCUCAUUCCCAGCUGCCUUCUGCCGCAUUACAGACGAACCUGAGCGGACUGGGCUCCAACACGAACCUGCCUCUCAACCGGGGUUUGGAGAGAGCUCUGGAGGAUGCGGCGAACUCCGGAUUUCUGAACCUCAGCACAAGAAAACUGAAAGAAUUCCCUCGGACAGCAUCUAAUUACGACCUAACGGAUACGGUUGAAGCAGAUCUGUCAAAGAAUCGCUUGAUUGACAUCCCAUCAGAGGUGUGUCAUCUGGUCUCCCUGGAAACGUUGAACCUUUAUCACAACUGCAUCAAAAGCAUUCCUGAUACCAUCAUCAGCCUUCAGUCCCUGACCUGCUUAAACAUCAGCCGGAACCAGCUGUCAGUGCUGCCAGCGUGCGUGUGUGGUCUUCCUCUGCGAGUGCUCAACGCCAGCAAUAACAAACUCAACGCACUUCCAGAAAGCAUUGGCCAGCUCACUAGUCUCAUGGAGCUGGAUGUAAGCUGUAAUGAAAUCACAGCUCUUCCACGCCACAUUGGCCAACUCAAAGCUCUGAGGGAACUCAAUGUGCACCGAAACCUUCUUUGUGUCCUGCCAGAGGAUUUGGCAGAUUUACCCCUGGUCAAGUUCGAUUUCUCCUGUAAUAAGGUUUCUACUAUUCCUGUCUGCUAUCGAAAAAUGACCCAGCUCCAAUCACUACAGCUGGAGAACAAUCCACUUCAGAGUCCUCCUGCACAGAUAUGCAUGAAGGGCAAGAUUCAUAUAUUUAAAUACCUCGCCAUGGAGGCAUGUCGUAGUGACAAGAUGGCCGAUGCUCUGUAUCUUCCUGUCACGGACCGCCUCAGCUUGACACGACCCACAAAUGGGAGCACUGAGGACAUUGAUCAGCACAAGAAACUUGACAGUGACUCUGGGGUGGGCAGUGACAAUGGAGACAAACGCCUUUCUGCUACAGAGCCAUCGGAUGAAGACAGUCUCAGCUUGAAUGUGCCCAUGACCAACAUCACAGAGGAGGAGGGCUUGAACAAAGACGACUCCAGUGAACACAUCAGCGCUCUGACAGGAGACAGAAGUUCGUCUGAGUCCCUCAAAGAGCAUCUGGCCUAUCGAGACUCGGCCCUCAGCUCACCGUUCGUCAACUAUAUCAAAGGUCGAGGUGCUGAUUUCGAUGAGCCCCUCAGGAUAGAAGAAGACACCAACUGGGCUUCAGAACAAACGUCAAAGGUUAAUAUGAUCAAUCAGUUAAAGGAAGCUGUGGAGAUGCUACAGGAUCCUAACAGGGUUAACAUGAACUCGGCUGAUCUCUCUGGUAUUAAGCUCUACCCUGUGGAAAUGGUUACAGUAGACGAGUCGCUCAAUGGCCAAGAGAGUGAUGAGGGUCAGGCAACACCUAAGGCGGCUCCUGGAGAAUGCUGGGAGUUCCAGAGGAAGAGACAGUACAUUCUAGAACGGGCCCGGCUCGAGGCCCAGCUCGCAUGUCAACAGUAUGCCCUGCACAUGGCACAACAGGGUGAAGUGAUUGGCGAGGACGGAUCAGGUGAUAGUUAUGAGAACCAAGUUACCAAGAGUGAAGACAAAACCCCAGUUUCCAGCCCCACAUUGAGCUCACCUCCCUUUGGUUUGAAGCCCAGAUCAGCUUCACCCUCUGUCCCGUGCUCGACUCCGCCCUGUCCCCUCCCCCUUACACAGGCCCCGCCCACUGAUAGAGACACGCCCCCUAGCCCCGCAGAAGGAGAAAUGCCAAGCAGUGUGUUUUUCAGGACCCACAAAACUCUGGAAUCAGUGGAUCCGCAGUUCACCAUGAGAAGAAAGAUGGAGCAGCUCAGAGAGGAGCUGGAACUCAUAGAGCAACUACGAGAGAGUAUUGAGAGCAGACUGAAAGUAGUUCUUCCUGAAGAUCUGGGCUCUUCUCUCAUGGAUGGGGUCGUGCUUUGUCACCUAGUUAAUCACAUUCGACCACGUUCAGUGGCCAGUAUCCAUGUACCAUCUCCUGCAGUGCCCAAGCUUAGCAUGGCUAAAUGUCGCAGAAAUGUUGAAAACUUCUUGGACGCCUGCAGGAAAAUGGGAGUCCCUGAGGAUAAGUUAUGUCUGCCGCAUCAUAUUCUGGAGGAAAAGGGCCUGAUUAAAGUUGGCAUCACUGUCCAAGCUUUACUGGAUGAGACUUCUGCCAACGAGACACUCAUUACAUGAGUCACACAAACACAAGCAAGUCUCACUGACACACACACACACACACAUACACACUAAUCCUUAUGGAUGGACCUCCACCACCAGAUCUUUGCAAAAUACCCUGGACAGUGUCCAUUUAUUUCUGUUAGAACAGCUGAUCCUCAACUUGCAGGUAUAUGCUCAUGUUUUUUCUCACUUUCUUUACUUCAAUAUUUAGUACUGUUAUCUGAUCACUGUUGCCCAGGCCAUAAUCGUAUUAGCAAAAAAAUAGCUCAAAGCUAAAAUAUGAAAUCCCUUUAUUUAAUAUACAUAUAUUUAUUAAACAGCUAGUUGAGAGAUGUACACAAUUGUGCACAGUACCUAAGGGUUUUUUUAUAUAUAUACAUCUACAUGUUUAGAUUCUAUGAUACUUGUUUUGGGCCUUUAGUGAUCUAGAUUUAAAACACUCGUCCUCCCAAGACUCUUGAAGAGUCCUUAAAGUAUGUGACUUUUUGUAACCACUUUUUCUGAACUUGUGUUUUGGGAGACGUUGAUGUUUUGUCUCAGGGGAGGUGUGGCCUCACUAUAGUUUCCUACAGUCUCUGCUCUGCUUGCCUGUCAGUCAGGUAUGAUUGCGCUAAAAGAGUAUGUUUGAGUGUAUGGAUGGUAGAAAAAAAAAUUUAUGUCUUCGAGGAGAGGAUUUCUUUUUGUGAGAGUGAGAGAACGAGAGCACAUGUUUGCACUUUUUGUAUGUAAGUUUGUAAGGAUUUUUUUUUUUGUUUUAUUUUACUUGUGCGUGUUUGCUUAUGGAAAGUCUGAUGUCCAAAGCUUCAGCUCCUCACAGAUUUAGCCAUGAAACAGACCAAAACAUCUGAAGCUGGUAUCUCACUGGAGAUUAUUUGACAGUUGCCAAAAUUAUUUUCUUAUAUCAAACUGAUUUACAAACAUAAUCGUUUUAUAGUUUGUUUUUUUUUUUUUUAACAAUUUAAAUGUAUUUUUAAAAUAUGAGUUUUGUAUUUGUAGAAGGAUUUGUAAUGUGAUAUUGGUGUGUGAACGUGUAAAAUGUACAGAACAUUUAUAUUUGAUGUGCUUAUUUUAGUAUGUUUGAUUUGGGUUUUUUUACUUCAACUUAAAGCACAAUUUAUUUUAUUAAUGUGAACUGACAGGGACAAAAGCAACUUUAUUAUCAUCUAGAUUCUUGUUUGUAAGCAGUUACAACACUUCCACAUACAGUUAAAGUCAAAAGUUUACAUACACCUUGCAGAAUCAGCAAAAUGUUAAUUAUUUUACCAAAAUAAGAGGGAUCAUACAAAAUGCAUGUUAUUUUUUAUUUAGUAUUCACCCGAAUAAGAUAUUUACAUACAGUCUACAAGAGAAAAUAAGUCAAAUUUAUAAAAAUGUCCCUGUUCAAAAGUUUACAUACACUUGAUUCUUAAUACUGUGUUGUUACCUGAGUGAUCCACAGCUGUGUGUGUGUUUAUUUUUAUUUUUUUUAUUAGUUAUAGUUGUUUGUGAGUCCCUUGUUUGUCCUGAACAGUUAAACUGCCUGUUGUUCAGAAAAAUCCUUCAGGUCCCACAAAUUCUUUGGUUUUUCAGCAUUUUUGUGUAUUUGGACCCUUUCAGCAAUGAUUUCAUGAUUUUGAGAUUCUUCUUUUCACACUGAGGACAACUGAGGGACUCAUAUGCAACUAUUACAGAAGGUUCAAACACUCACUGAUGCUCCAGAAGAACAAACGAUGCAUUAAGAGCCAGGGGUGAAAACUUUUGAACAGAAUGAAGAUGCGUACAUUUUUCUUAUUUUGCAUAAAUAUCUUUUUUAUUGAUUUAGUACUGACCUUCAGAUACUGUUUCCCAGAAGACAAAAAAAAGUUCAAUUUAACCUGAUCUUCAAAUUCAUAAAAGUUUUCACCCCCAGCUCUUAAUGCAUCACUUUUCCUAAUGGAUAAAUCUCAAAAUCAUACAUUUUUGGAAAGGGUUCACAUACACAAAAAUGCUGAAAAACCAAAGAAUUUUUGGGACCUUAAGGAUUCUUCCGAAGAGCAGAGGGCAAUUCAACUGUUCAGGACAAAAAAUAACAUGCAUUAUGUAAACGUUUGACUUCAACUAUAAUUUCUGAGAGACUGUUGGCUGUUAUUAUUUAUUCAUAACAUGCAUUCAUUACAAUUACAAAUACAUUUAAAAGAGUUAUCUCUGUACUGUAAUUGCCAACAAAAACAUAUCUGCUCCUAAAACUUAAUGCACAUUAUUAUACUGUAGCAAAUAUUAGCAACAAAAAUCAAUCCAGAAGCUUUAAGUUUAAACAUCAAAAACAAAUUGGUGCAUCAUGGGUUAAAAAGCUAUCCUAAACAUACUACUUCCCCAUAAACCUGUCAUAUUUUGAUUAAAACAGAUGGGAAAAAUUGAAAAUGUGGAUUAGAAAGUGUAAUUUUAAAGACAUUUGAACGGGAUAGCACUUAGAUAUUGGUCUUUGAUGGUAGAUUUACAUGGUAUUUUACAAGCCUUUAAUGUUGCAUUUAUUUUAAAAUCAUGCAUAGUUUAGACAGUAGUUGCAUCCUAUAAAUUCACUGCUGUAUCCUUUGAGAAAUUCUGUUCUUAGACAUUUAAAACACUGAUUUGAACUUUAUUUAUAUUCAUUCAAGUACAGUAUGAAAAUCUGCUACAGUGGGCAAGUGGUGCAUCAUUACUGUACUAUCAACAUUCCCCAGCACUUCACACUAGAUAGAGCUUUAAAUGCAGAUUUGAUUUUGAAAUGACAGUGUUUUGCACUUUACAUAUUUGGGACUGUCAUUUUGGCAACUGGCAAAUAGUAUUAUGGUAUUUAUAUUACAGUAUUUGGAGAAAAUAUCAGCUGAUCAGAUCACUAAUGUGUAAAAUGGGAUUCAAAUCUUUAACUGCUGAAUGUUAUGUGGCUAUUUAGUCUACUUUGAUGUAUAAUGAGAAAAGGCUUGUACUAAACAUUUUUGUACUUUAAUUUUAUAAAUAGGAGUUAUUUUUCCAUGUCUUUUCAGUGUUUGGGAUUUUACCCAUUUGUAAUUCUGUGAACUUUUAAGUGCAUGUACAGUAAUGUUUUUGGGAAAAGCAUGCAUGUCACUCCACCUUUUGCCUUAACCUCUGUAAAUAAGGUUUAUUUGUACCAUCUUCUACCAGUAAAUACUUUUCACCUUCAAA